AACACACCAUGUGACGUCACGCCUGCGUAUUCGGUACAAUGGCGGCGUCCGAGGGAGCUGAACCUGCCACCUCCUUUAUGGAUCCUUUAAAAUACUUUCUGGUGAAUUAUUUAAUGCCAGAAAAAUGUUACGACGAAUUCUUCCUGGACUUUAACUUCCUGCACGUGGAAUGUCUGAAGAUAAUUAUAAGCAAAGGUCUGGGCAUUGGAAUCAUCCUUGGCUCUGUACUGGUAAAGCUGCCUCAGAUCUUAAAGCUCAUUGGUGCAAAGAGUGCUGAAGGCCUGAGUUUCAAUUCUGUGCUGCUGGAGCUGUUUGCAAUCACAGGCACCAUGGCCUACAGUAUCGCCAACAGCUUCCCCUUCAGUGCCUGGGGUGAAGCCUUAUUCCUGAUGUUGCAGACAGUGGCUAUUGGCUUCUUGAUUCAGCACUAUACAGGAAGCACCAUCAAAGGAUUGGGCUUUGUUGUAAUCUACUUUGGCCUCUUGGCUGUUCUCCUAUGUCCUCUCACUCCUAUGUCUGUUGUUACCACCAUGCAAGCCUCCAACAUGCCAGCUAUUAUCUUUGGACGGCUUAUUCAAGCUGGCACAAACUAUAGAAACGGUCACACGGGACAGCUGUCAGCCAUUUCUGUAUUUCUCCUGUUCGCUGGCUCCCUGGCACGCAUAUUCACUACAGUGCAGGAGACAGGUGACUCUCUGAUGGCUCUCACAUACAUCAUCUCUUCCUGCUGUAAUGGACUGAUAGCUGCUCAGGUCCUGUAUUACUGGAAUGUCAGUCCAGCUCUGAAAAAGAAAAAGGAGUAAAUCAGCCCCAGAAGAAGCUUUCAGUGACGCCCUGAGAGGCUAAUACCUCUACAUCCAUUCCAGUUAACAUGCUGCUCUGAACAACCAUAGAAUCUGCUUCUUAUCUUGGACUGUAAUCAGCUAUCAAUGACAUUAGAUAUUGUUGAUUAGGGCAGCAGGUUCCUCUGUAUUGGUAAAUGCACACUUUGAGCAAGUAAAUGGGUAGAGAUGUAUGCAUGCAAUAUUGUAUACAGAUGGACACCCAUCCUCAUGCUCAAUUUCUAAAGUGUACUGAUGAGGCCUGAAGUGUAGGACCAAGAUGCAAUUCUCAAAAGAUGGACCCCUUAAAUUGAACAAUUGAGCAACUAUUAUUUUUUCCAUUUAUCAUGUAGUACUAUAGCUGGCUAUAUCUAUUCUGUCCUGUUCUUUUGUAAUUCCUUAGCUCAGGGAAAGGAAUACAGUCUAUCCACAUUUAGGAACUUCUUCACUCUCACCAUUUACUUUAGUUUUCAAAGCUGUUGGGUUAAUUCUCUCUUUAGACAUACUGUAGAGAUUGUUUAUAAGCUGCUAAGGCAGACCAGCCUAAAUGAAUGAGGGCCAAAUAAAAUGUGACUCUAUGGGGUUUUCCCACGACUUUGUUUUUGGGAGAGUGUUCUGAGUGUUGAGUAUUGCCUCUCUUGAGUUUUAUUCCAAAUACAUGUUAACUGCACACUCAGAAUUGAGCCUUUUCCUGUUGUUUUUCAUAUUGUCGCUGUCAUAACUCUUAUUUUUUUAUUGCACAGUUUGAAAUUUUCAGCUUUGUCUGAAUAUUCCAUGAUAAAUGGACCAGUACAAAUACAGCCUAUGGUAGAAAUGGUCAUUUUAAUUAACGUACCUCCAAGUUAAAAAUGUAAUAGUUUUAUUGCAGUGUUGGAGCGAUGCCCUUAGCACUUUGUCCACCCAGCAUGCCUACAUUGCUGUCUUGAAGGAUGAACAAUUGGAAAACACAACAAAAUAAAUGGAUGCAGGAAAUUGAA